UAACAUGCUCUAGAGAAAUGGCGACCCUGGAUGAUGGUUUGAUGGAAUCUUUAACAGUAGUCUGCUCUCCAACUACAAUUUAACUUUACACAAAGUGUAAAGUUGUACAAUUCCAUGAGACUUCAGUAAAGCUAUUUUGUGAAGAUUUUACGAUAUUUGUUGGUAUUGAAAAGCGUUUGAUCCCUAUCGCAAAAUCCUUUAGUUCUCUAUUUAUUGUUCCCAUAAAUUCGAAUGAGCUAAAAUACUGCAAUAGCUAUGCAGCUGAAAUUCUAGCAUGAAAGUUUGUUUAUGUAGUACUUGAUGGUAGGCACAGGACAACGGACAAUCAGUAAAAAAAAACGCUGCGGAUAGCUUAUCAAGAACAACAAUGCUACCAACUAAUUUAAGAGAAAAGCUGUUCCAGGUUCAAGAAGAAUUAGCAAGCAGUUUGAGAACAUUGGGGUUGGCAGAGCCAAAUGUACCCUUAGUGAUACCUUCACGCCAUGGAAGACAUUUUGAAGGAUUACGGUUGGAUGCUGGAGCUGAUUUGCUGAACCACUAUCAGUUUCAGUGGUGCAGGAUGAGGGAGGCAUCAGAUAUAAAUUACCAACUAGCAGAGCAAGCUGACAAAGCCAUUACUUCAAUAGAAAGUUACAUCAGCUGGCAACAUCAGUUAGUUUCAACAUUAACCAGCAACUUGAGUUCUGUUUCUUCAAUGGUAGUUCAGCUUCAGAAAAUAACUGAUUCUAUUGGUGUAACUGAAGCUACCUUGACCAAAACUGAGGAACAGUUAGCUUUGUUAGAAGACUUGGUUAAAGAUUCUCAAUUUGAUUCAGAAUUAAAAGACUGUGAAAAAAAAUUCAUUAUGCUGCAAGAUCAAAAAUUUGCUGAACUGGAGAAGUUAAAAAGUAAUUUAGUGGCACAACAUCUACAGAAAGUUAGAGAAUAUGAAUCGAAGCAAAUAUUCAAAGCCAAAGAAAGACAAGCUAUUUUUGAACAGGCUUUUGAAACAGAAAUCCGACAGUAUAAAGAGUCGGGAAUUAUUCCAAGAUUGAGUCAGGUAAAUCGCCAAACAGCUAGCCUUGAAGAAAUUGUUGUCGAGGACGACCCGUCUUCGUUAAAUGAGUUCCUAGAUGAGUAAACCGCAGAAAACAAAACAUGGUGUCCGAAAAUAUAAAUAAAUUUAAAUUGUCGUCUAUUUUACCAUCGCCAGGUGGAGAAACAAAUAAAAAAAAUAUAUAUAUAUAUAAAUCCCUUCAAUCUGUGAACAAAAGUUUAUCUUUAAAGAAAGGUAGAUGG